UCUAUACCUUCCUUCCUAUCUGUUGCAGCGAAUUGACUCUUCUAUUUAUAGUCUUUUAUUUUCCUUCCAAAUGCUCUACUGAAUCUUUCGCUCAUAAUUCUACUGCAAACUUCUUUUGAAAAACAAUGUCAUCAGUUCAAAUUCAAAUUUGUGUAUGUAUUGUUUGAGAAUUGGAAUUUGAGGAGUGAUCGAGCACAUACACUUGCCAGUUGCUCAUACUAUUUGUACGUUUGUUUAGCUCAACUACUUUAGAAAUGGAUGCUUCUCAAAAUGAUGUCACACCAAUGUUGUCAGCCACAUAUCAAAGUGAUGAAAUUGAUGAUGCCUCUCGGUAUGAGAGGUUUUCAUACAGGGCAAGGAGUGCAUCAUUAUCCAUCCCUGUAAACUUCAUGGAGUCAUAUCAGACUGAUAAUGCUUUUGUUGGGUAUACUGGUCCCUUGACAAGUGAAAGGCGGACUUCUGCCAUACAGAUGAGUGGUCCAUUGCAUCUUGCCCGCAAGCCCGAAAACAGCAAAACUAGGCCAUCUCAAGUAGCACCAGGACUCAAAUCACGGAUGGAAAUGGAAAAAUAUCCUUCUUUUUCUGAAAGGGAAUCAAACGACUGGACAGAUAAUGAUUAUUCACCGAAAAAUCAACAUCUGUUGAGAUCAGGGAAACUUGGAAUGUGCAAUGAUCCAUAUUGCACAACAUGCCCAACUAUUGACAACUUAAAGGCGCAGAAUAAAAAGUCAAAAUCACCAGAGACAUCUGAUCACAAGUCCCAUAAUAUGGUAUACGGAGAUGCAAGAGGUUGUGCGAAGAAAAUUUCUUCUUUUAUGUGUUCAUGCAUUCCAGGUGUCAUGAAUCCACAUACUACGGCGGUGCAGCGGUGGAACAAAUUCUUUGCUGUCUCUUGCUUAUUUGCUAUUUUCAUAGAUCCACUCUUCUUCUUUUUGCUAUCUGUGAAGCAGGAGCAAAAAUGCAUAAUAUUUAACUGGCGUCUAAUGAACGCGAUUGUGGUUUUGAGGAGCUUGACUGAUUUCAUAUACUUGAUUCACAUGCUUCUUCAGUUCCGGUUGGCUUUUAUUGCUCCUGAAUCUACUGUUAUGGGAGUAGGUGACUUAGUUGACCACCCCAAGGAAAUUGCUCUCCAUUAUCUCAAAGGACGUUUUUCUCUUGAUUUCUUUGAUGUAUUGCCAUUUCCUCAGAUCAUUGUAUUGUUGUUUCUACGAGGAUCAUCUAGUGCAAAUUAUGCAAAAAACCUCUUACUGGCAGCAAUUUUUGUUCAGUAUGUACCUAGAUUGUACCGCUUCUUCCAUUUACUUGCAGGCCAGUCUCCAAGUGGCUUCAUAUUUGAGUCGGCAUGGGGUAACUUUGUGAUAAAUCUUCUAACUUUUGUGUUGGCUAGCCAUGCGGUGGGGUCAUGUUGGUAUCUUCUUGGCUUACAGAGGGUGAAUCGAUGUCUCCGUAACUCCUGUCAUGGUUCUAAAAUAGAGGGUUGCAGGAAAUUCAUUGACUGCGGGUAUAGCAAUAAUUACACAGAUUUCUCAUCACUUAAGUUAUGGCGAGAGUGGAACAAUAGUGCGAAUGCAAAUGCUUGUUUUAGCAAGGAUGGUUUUGAUUAUGGGAUUUAUGGUCAAGCGGUGAAUCUUACAACAAAGAACAAUGUAGUUACGAGAUAUGUGUACUCCCUGUUCUGGGGCUUCCAGCAAAUAAGUACACUUGCUGGGAAUCAGGUUCCAAGUUAUUUUGAGUGGGAAGUUCUUUUCACUAUGGGCAUUAUUGCACUGGGUCUCCUACUUUUUGCUCUGCUUAUCGGAAACAUGCAAAACUUUCUGCAGUCUCUUGG